GGGCGGAAGUGGGCGGCGCGCUGCCGGAAGCGGAAGUGGGGGCGCAGCGCGCGGCCGGAAGCGGAGAGUUCGGAGCGGCGCGGCGGGAGCAGCGGGAGCGGCGGUGACCGGGGGGGCGGGUGGUGACGCAGGCGCUGACGUCAUGCCGGUGGUGCUGGGGCUGGAGGGCUCGGCCAACAAGGUGGGGGCGGGGCUGGUGCGCGACGGGCAGGUGCUGAGCAACCCGCGCGCCACCUACGUCACGGCGCCCGGCCAGGGCUUCGCCCCGGGCGGGGCGGCGCGGCACCACCGGCGCCGGGUGCUGGGGCUGGUGGCGGCGGCGCUGCGGGAGGCCGGGCUGCGACCCCACCACGUCGACGCCGUCGCUUUCACCCGCGGCCCCGGCAUGGGGGCGCCGCUGGCGACGGUGGCGGCGGUGGCCCGGACGCUGGCGCAGCUGUGGGGGCGGCCGCUGCUGGGGGUCAACCACUGCGUGGGGCACAUCGAGAUGGGGCGGCUGGUGUGCGGCGCCCGCGACCCCCUGGUCCUCUACGUCAGCGGCGGCAACACGCAGGUCAUCGCCUUCUCGCGGCGCCGCUACCGGAUCCUGGGCGAAACCUUGGACGUCGCCGUGGGCAACUGCCUGGAUCGCUUCGCCCGGGGGCUGCAGAUCUCCAACGACCCCAGUCCCGGCUACAACAUCGAGCAACUGGCUAAAAAGGGGACGAAGCUGCUGGAGCUGCCGUACGUCGUGAAGGGCCUCGACGUCUCCUUCUCCGGCCUCCUGUCGCACAUCGAGGCAGUGGCCCCGCAGCUCCUGGCCUCGGGCGAAGCCACCGUCGAGGAUCUCUGCUUCUCGCUGCAGGAGACGGUCUUCGCGAUGCUGGUGGAGGUGACGGAGCGAGCGGCCGCCCAGUGCCGGAGCCCCGAGGUGCUGCUGGUGGGCGGCGUCGGCUGUAACGAGCGGCUCCAGGAGAUGCUGGGAACCAUGUGCAGCGCCCGGGGCAUCCGGCUCUGCGCCACUGAUGAGCGGUUCUGCGUGGACAACGGCGCCAUGAUCGCUCAGGCCGGCUGGGAGAUGCUGCGCUCGGGGCAGGUCACCGACAUCGCCCGCUCCGGCGUCACCCAGCGCUACCGCACGGACGAGGUGGAGGUCACCUGGCGCGAUUGACCCCGCCCCCCUCGCCCGGAGGCUCCGCCCACAACAGGCUCCGCCCACGAUGGAGGCUCCACCCACCAAUAAAGGCUCCGCCCCCUG